AGAUAUUUAAUUUUUCUGUCUCCGCAGACCAAUAUACAAUCAACGGUUUCGAUUUCUCCGUCUGAAUCAAUCGCAACCGUCCAACUUCAUUAUAGCGUGGUCCACAUCAUCAAUAUCAAGCUAACUAAACGACAUCACAUUCUCCUCUUAUUUUCCGUUUUGCCAUUCCUAGAGUUAAAAUAGCUUUUGGUUUUUCCGUCUCAGCCUAACACUUCAUUCAUUGAGUUUUUUUCUUUCUUAAAACCUUUUGUUGUUUUCUGCUUAAUGGAAGGACCUUAAUAAGCUUCUCUCUUUUCUUUCGUAAUUUUUCUUAACUCAAAAUAAUAUAAUCGAUUUUCUUCUUGUUCUGAUCUACAAAAGUUUCGUUAGUUUGUGAAGUGAACUGUUGUUUUGAAGUUUGUUAGUGAGAUGUCUCCGGCAGUGGUGGUUACGGAGGAGGAAGGGCGGAACAAACUGUCGUCGACGGUUGUUUCUGCUUCUUCACAAUCUUUCUCUCAGAUUGGUGCUGAUUUGAAAGAAAGGAAUUAUCUAGGGUUGUCAGAUUGUUCAUCAGUAGACAGUUGUGAUUCAACUGUUCCCAGUUUGUGUGAUGAGAAAAAGGAGAACUUGAAUUUGAAGGCUACUGAGUUGAGAUUGGGUCUUCCUGGAUCUCAAUCACCCGAAAGGGAUUCAGAUUUUUACUCAACAAAGCUUGAUGAGAAGCCGCUGUUUCCUUUGGUUCCUACAAAAGAUGGAAUACAGAAGAAUGUUGUUUCAGGCAACAAGAGAGGAUUUGCUGAUACAGUAGAUGGGUUUUCUCAGGUGAAGUUUAAUGGUAAUACAGGGAUUAAUGGGAUGCUAUCGCCUAGACCUGUUGGAGCACAGCCCAACACGGUGAAAGAAAUGCCCAACAAGGUGUUGCAGGAAAGGCCUUGUGCUGCUAGAGGAACUGGUCAUAAUCAAGCUGGUGCUGCUUCUGUUGGUGGUUGUGCACCGGCAUCUAAGGCACAAGUUGUUGGUUGGCCUCCUAUAAGAUCAUUUAGGAAAAACUCGAUGGCCACUGCUUCUAAGAACAACAACGAUGAAGUGGAUGGAAAACCAGGUCCCACUGCACUCUUUGUUAAGGUCAGCAUGGAUGGGGCUCCCUAUCUUAGGAAGGUUGAUCUAAGAACUUAUACAACAUAUCAGGAAUUAUCUUCUGCCCUUGAGAAGAUGUUUAGCUGUUUUACCCUAGGUCAGUGUGGUUCCCAUGGUGCUCCAGGAAGAGAAAUGUUGAGUGAGAGCAAGCUGAGGGACCUUUUGCAUGGUUCAGAAUACGUUCUCACCUAUGAAGAUAAAGAUGGAGACUGGAUGCUUGUAGGGGAUGUACCUUGGGAGAUGUUCAUUGAAACUUGCAGAAGGCUGAAGAUCAUGAAGGGUUCUGAUGCCAUUGGCUUAGCUCCCCGGGCCAUGGAAAAGUCCAAAAGCAGGAGUUAGAGAGUGUCCGGGACUCAUGACUGCCUUUGUCCAAACCAAGUUUCAAUGCUGGAUCUUAGCACUGUAAAAAGCAAAGGAUUAUGGCUGAUUCCCUUGCAUUGGCAGUUAAAUGUAUUUCCGGUGUUAUUUAUUGUUACGUCCAUUAAGAGUUUGUUAUAUUUGUUACCACUAUAAUAUCUUGUGAAGUUGCUUUUUAAUAUUAUUAGUUUUUGUGGUGUCUGUAAUCAUUAUAGGAAACCUGUUUGUUGGGCUGAAUUGAAUGUCUGUUACAGCAACAUACUGUUUUAACACUGUCCUCCCCCACUGUUUCCGUUAUUUCUUUCAAAUCUUGAUCUGCAUUAUUUUAUGUCCA